UCCUGGCUGGCCAGCCUACAGAACAGGAGAGACAGAAGAGAUAGCUCCUGGCUGGCCAGCCUACAGAACAGGAGAGACAGAAGAGAUAGCUCCUGGCUGGCCAGCCUACAGAACAGGAGAGACAGAAGAGAUAGCUCCUGGCUGGCCAGCCUACAGAACAGGAGAGACAGAAGAGAUAGCUCCUGGCUGGCCAGCCUACAGAACAGGAGAGACAGAAGAGAUAGCUCCAGGCUGGGUCUACAGUGCUCCAGAGCUGAUGUGGCUUUUUGGUCUGAGAGAGACUUUAUGACCCUCGAUGUAUUUAAUAUAACCUGCUGUUUCCUCAGUGUUGGAAGAUAUAAUGAAAUAUAAGAGGCCUUAGGCAUCUCAACGCUGCUCUGAGCCAGUCAGUCAGGCUACAAAUGGACCUAUUUCCGGGACAGUACAGUAUUAUAGAGAUGCUGUUUUAGUUUGCAGACAUCUCCAGAACAGCACUGUAGAGGCGGCAGGUAGCUUAGUGGUUAAGAGCGUAGUGCCAGUAACCGAAAGGUCGCUGGUUCUAAUCCCCGAGCCAACUAGGUGAAAAAUCUGUCGGUGUGCCCUUGAGCAAGGCACUUAACCCUAAUAGCUCCUGUAAGUCGCUCUGGAUAAGAGCGUCUGCUAAAUGACAAAAGAAAAGAAAUAUAUGUGUAUCCUAUUUUCUCACAUGUUCUCUCUCUGUGUUCUAGUUCUCAGUGUUCCUGGGUCUGAUCAUCUUCUUGGAGCUGACAGCAGGCAUCAUGUUCUAAUGUUCUAAUGUUCUCUCUCUGUGUUCUAGUUCUCAGUGUUCCUGGGUCUGAUCUUCUUCUUGGAGCUGACAGCAGGCAUCAUGUUCUAAUGUUCUCUCUCUGUGUUCUAGUUCUCAGUGUUCCUGGGUCUGAUCUUCUUCUUGGAGCUGACAGCAGGCAUCAUGUUCUAAUGUUCUAAUGUUCUAAUGUUCUCUCUCUGUGUUCUAGUUCUCAGUGUUCCUGGGUCUGAUCUUCUUCUUGGAGCUGACAGCAGGCAUCAUGUUCUAAUGUUCUAAUGUUCUCUCUCUGUGUUCUAGUUCUCAGUGUUCCUGGGUCUGAUCUUCUUCUUGGAGCUGACAGCAGGCAUCAUGUUCUAAUGUUCUCUCUCUGUGUUCUAGUUCUCAGUGUUCCUGGGUCUGAUCUUCUUCUUGGAGCUGACAGCAGGCAUCAUGUUCUAAUGUUCUAAUGUUCUAAUGUUCUCUCUCUGUGUUCUAGUUCUCAGUGUUCCUGGGUCUGAUCUUCUUCUUGGAGCUGACAGCAGGCAUCAUGUUCUAAUGUUCUCUCUCUGUGUUCUAGUUCUCAGUGUUCCUGGGUCUGAUCUUCUUCUUGGAGCUGACAGCAGGCAUCAUGUUCUAAUGUUCUAAUGUUCUCUCUCUGUGUUCUAGUUCUCAGUGUUCCUGGGUCUGAUCUUCUUCUUAGAGCUGACAGCAGGCAUCCUGGCCUUUGUGUUUAAAGACUGGAUCAAAGACCAGCUCAACUUCUUCAUCAACAACAACGUCAAGGCCUACCGCGACGACAUCGACUUGCAGAACCUCAUAGACUUCACACAGGAAUAUGUCAGUAGUACUAGAUGUUAUAGAGUUAAUAGGAAUAUAUUAGUAGUACUAGAUGUUAUAGAGUUAAUAGGAAUAUAUUAGUAGUACUAGAUGUUAUAGAGUUAAUAGGAAUAUAUUAGUAGUACUAGAUGUUAUAGAGUUAACAGGAAUAUGUCAGUAGUACUAGAUGUUAUAGAGUUAACAGGAAUAUAUGAGUAGUAGAAAGGUGUCCCUGGAGCAGUUUAGGGGUUAAGUGCCUUGCUCAAGGACCCAAUGGCAUUAUGUAGAUCCAAUGGCAUUAUGUAGAUCCAAUGGCAUUAUGUAGAUCCAAUGGCAUUAUGUAGAUCCAAUGGCAUUAUGUAGAUCCAAUGGCAUUAUGUAGAUCCAAUGGCAUUAUGUAGAUCCAAUGGCAUUAUGUAGAUCCAAUGGCAUUAUGUAGAUCCAAUGGCAUUAUGUAGAUCCAAUGGCAUUAUGUAGAUCCAAUGGCAUUAUGUAGAUCAACAUGUCUUGUACCUUUAGCUGUACUGGACAGGCAACAUGUCUUGUACCUUUAGCUGUACUGGACAGGCAACAUGUCUUGUACCUUUAGCUGUACUGGACAGGUAACAUGUCUUGUACCUUUAGCUGUACUGGACAGGCAACAUGUCUUAUACCUUUAGCUGUACUGGACAGGUAACAUGUCUUGUACCUUUAGCUGUACUGGACAGGUAACAUGUCUUGUACCUUUAGCUGUUCUGGACAGGCAACAUGUCUUGUACCUUUAGCUGUACUGGACAGGCAACAUGUCUUGUACCUUUAGCUGUUCUGGACAGGCAACAUGUCUUGUACCUUUAGCUGUACUGGACAGGUAACAUGUCUUUAUACCUUUAGCUGUACUGGACAGGCAACAUGUCUUGUACCUUUAGCUGUACUGUACUGGACAGGCAACAUGUCUUGUACCUUUAGCUGUACUGGACAGGUAACAUGUCUUGUACCUUUAGCUGUUCUGGACAGGCAACAUGUCUUGUACCUUUAGCUGUACUGGACAGGCAACAUGUCUUGUACCUUUAGCUGUACUGGACAGGCAACAUGUCUUGUACCUUUAGCUGUUCUGGACAGGCAACAUGUCUUGUACCUUUAGCUGUACUGUACUGGACAGGCAACAUGUCUUGUACCUUUAGCUGUACUGGACAGGUAACAUGUCUUGUACCUUUAGCUGUACUGGACAGGUAACAUGUCUUGUACCUUUAGCUGUACUGGACAGGUAACAUGUCUUGUACCUUUAGCUGUACUGUACUGGACAGGUAACAUGUCUUGUACCUUUAGCUGUACUGGACAGGUAACAUGUCUUGUACCUUUAACUGUGCUGUUCUGAACAGGCAGCCAGCGCCUUAACCCUGAUUGGAUUACUGUACAAAUGCUGACGCCAACCAGAUCCAGCCUCUUUAUCAUGGCAGACUUGGUUGUAGUAAGACUUUUUUAUAAAGACUCAUAAGUUCUUAUAACGUGUAGUAAUGCCUUAUACCAGUCUGUCUGUCUGUGUGUUCUAGUGGUCGUGCUGUGGGGCCCACGGUCCCAAUGACUGGAACCUGAAUAUCUACUUCAACUGCACUGAGUUUAACCCCAGUAGAGAGCGCUGUGGAGUCCCCUUCUCCUGCUGUGUCAAAGACCCUGCCGUAAGAUGCCUUCCUGUGCUGUAGAACUACGUUAUAAAACCUCAGAUGUAGACCGUGUUGUAAGACUUAUUCCUUUGAACACAUUAACCAUACGUGUUCGACAGACCCUGCCGUAAGAUGCCUUCCUGUGCUGUAGACCUACGUUAUAAAACCUCAGACGUAGACCGUGUUGUAAGACUUAUUCCUUUUGAACACAUUAACCAUACGUGUUCGACAGACCGUGCCAUAAGAUACCUUACUGGGCUAUAGAACUACAUUAUAAACCUCAAGACUUAUUCAGUUUAGCACAUUGACAUUCUAGAGACCCUGCUGGAAGACCCACAUUCUAGAGACCCUGCUGGAAGACCCACAUUCUAGAGACCCUGCUGGAAGACCCACAUUCUUCUGUUCUCACGAUAGUUUUGCUUUCAUUCGUUUCAGGAAGAUGUCCUUAACACACAGUGUGGCUACGACAUGAGACUUCAAGGGGUUGGUAUCUCUUUUAUCAGUCCUUAAUACCUUGCUGGACAUAAUCCAGAGAUCGAGAGAGAGAGAGGCGGCUGACAUUUCAACCUUUCCUCUGAACAUCUAGCUAGACAUGGCAGUUAAGGGUUAAGUAGCUAGCUAGCUAGUGUUCAGGCUGCUCUCCUCCUCUCUUCCUUAAUAACAGUGUGUUUUUCUAACGGAGCUGAUUGGACUCCAGUUAUAGCCCUGGGAAGCAUCACAACAAUACGCUCUAUAAUUGAGGAUUCAGUGGGUUAUGCCUCCCUCUGCUGUGUGUGUGUGUGUGUGUGUGUGUGUGUGUGUGUGCACUCACAAUACAGCUCUCAACCAGAGCAUUGUUGCUGUGCAUAAUGUUAUGUAGUGAAGCCCCAAAUGACUGUAUAUGUUGUCAUGUUGUUAGUUUUCCUUACUGUGUACAGCCUUGUAGUCUUUUCUGUGAAAAAUCUAUAGAAACUAGCCGUGUGCUGUACUCUGCUCCGGUGGAGUUUGUUUGUGGAGUGUUUGAGGUGGGGGGGGGGGGGGGGAUAGGGAGACAGAGAGAGAAUAGCAGAGAGAGAGAAUAGCAGAGAGAGAGAAUAGCAGAGAGCGAGAAUAGCAGAGAGAGCGAGAAUAGCAGAGAGAGAGAAUAGCAGAAAGAGAGAGAAUAGCAGAGAGAAAGAGAGAGAAUAGCAGAGAGAAAGAGAGAGAUAGCAGAGAGAAAGAGAGAGAAUAGCAGAGAGAAAGAGAGAGAAUAGCAGAGAGAAAGAGAGAGAAUAGCAGAGAGAAAGAGAGAGAAUAGCAGAGAGAGAGAGAGAAUAGCAGAGAGAGAAUAGCAGAGAGAGAGAGAGAAUAGCAGAGAGAGAGAGAAUAGCAGAGAGAGAGAGAAUAGCAGAGAGAGAGAGAAUAGCAGAGAGAGAAAGAGAGAAUAACAGAGAGAGAAUAGCAGAGAGAGAGAGAGAAUACAGCAGGGAGAGAGAGAGAAUAGCAGAGAGAGAGAGAGAGAGAAUAGCAGAGAGAGAAGAGAGAGAGAAUAGAGAGAAGAGAGAAAUAGCAAGAGAGAGAGAGAUAGCAGAAGGAUAGAAGAAGCAGAGAAUGCAUAGACAGAGAGAGAUAGAGAGAGGAAUAGCAGAGAGAAGAGAAAUAGCAGAGAGAUAGAGAAAGAAGAAUAGCAGAGAAGAGAGAAUAGCAGAGAGGAAGAAUAGCAGAGAGAAUAGCAAGAGAGAAUAGCAGAGAGAAAAGUAGCAUAGCAGAGAAUAGAGAGAGAAGAAGAGAGACAUAGCAGAGAGAAAGAGAGAGAAAGAUAAGAGAGAAAUAGAGAGGAAAAGAGAGAGAGAAGAUAGAAAGAGAGAAUAGCAGAGAGAAGAGAAGAGAAUAGCAGAGAGAAGAGGAUCAGAGAAAUAGCAAAGAGAAGAAGAGAGAAUAGCAGAGAGAGAGAGAUAGAGAGGAGAGAAUAGCAGAGAGAGAGAGAGAAUAGUUGAGAGAGAGAGAGAGAGAGAAUAGCAGAGAGAGAGAGAGAGAAUAGCAGAGAGAGAGAGAGAAUAGCAGAGAGAGAGAAUAGCAGAGAGAGAGAGAGAGAAUAGUAGAGAGAGAGAGAGAAUAGCAGAGGAGAGAGAGAAUAGCAGAGGGAGAGAGAGAAUAGCAGAGGGAGAGAGAGAAUAGCAGAGGGAGAGAGAGAAUAGCAGAGGGAGAGAGAGAAUAGCAGAGGGAGAGAGAGAAUAACAGGGAGAGAGAAUAGCAGAGAUUAACGAAGAAAAUACCGACUGAAAUGGCUCUAGGGCAAGUUUACAGUCACCAUCUGAAACAUUUCAUUGUAUGCCCAGGGAUUCCGUUACCUCCCAUUGGUGGAGAGUUGGUUUCCAGGUUUUAGCUUUGGAACAAAGGAAUCCUUGGUGGAGUUUCUCUAUAGAGAGACAAAGACAAGCUUUGUGGGGGAGAACCUUUUGUUGCUGGAGCUCAACAGGACCUGAGCUUCAGUAAACUUCUAUGGGAACAGAAUAAAAGACAGCUAAACACAGUACACACACACAGCUUCAUCCAUAGUAGACACACAGCUUCAUCCACAGUAGACACACACACAGCUUCAUCCACAGUAGACACACAGCUUCAUCCACAGUAGACACACACAGCUUCAUCCACAGUAGACACACACACAGCUUCAUCCACAGUAGACACACACACAGCUUCAUCCACAGUAGACACACACAGCUUCAUCCACAGUAGACACACACACAGCUUCAUCCACAGUAGACACACACACACACAGCUUCAUCCACAGUAGACACACACACAUCUUCAUCCACAGUAGACACACACACAGCUUCAUCCACAGUAGACACACACACACACAGCUUCAUCCACAGUAGACACACACACACAGCUUCAUCCACAGUAGACACACACACACACAGCUUCAUCCACAGUAGACACACACACACACAGCUUCAUCCACAGUAGACACACACACACACAGCUUCAUCCACAGUAGACACACACACAGCUUCAUCCACAGUAGACACACACACAGCUUCAUCCACAGUAUAUAAACAUAGAGAUUAUACACAGUGUCUGUGUUUCAGAUGGCACCAUAUUCACUGUAUAGGGCACUACUUUUAACCAGGGCCAUAGAGGUGCUAUGAGAUUAAACCAGUAUAUACUGUAUAUAGACUAGUUCUGUGACGGUAGUUGAAUCGCCAUGUCAAUCUGAGUAACAUAAUAAAACAUCCCUAUCAAAACAUCCAUCAGUUUACUUUAGACGUCUGUAGCUUCCGAACGGUUUGACCUACACACUAUUAUGACCACUCUAUGUAAAGGGAAGACUCUCACCAACACUAUGGUGUUCUCCGUUUUGCUCGACACCCCACAGGUGUCACGGGACUCGUUUCAAAUAGGUUUUGUUAAGAAGCAUAUCCAUGUAAACAAGUGUACUAACAGAAUUGUGACGUCCCAUUUUACACAGGGCCUUGUAGGCCUAAGACAGCAGUAACAUACAUUUAAACAAAAUGGCCGCAUACCAAAAAUACAUGGAAAGGGAAAGAAAAGGAGAAACCAGUAAUGAAAUGUGAUGCAAUAGUGAAAUUGCACAUUUCUUUUGAGUCUGAUAGCCUAUGCGUUAAGUAGUGUCGAUAUGAAAAUGUGACAAUAUUCUCCAAUCUGACAUUUCUUAAUUUGUAUGCUAAUAUUGAGAGGUUAUAAUAACGUGAAUAGUAAUGAAAGGCUACUGAUAUUAAAGAAGUGUAAUGAUAAUAGUGAAGUUGCAGAGAAAAACCACCUGUUUCUUUUGAGUCUGAUAUGCACCAAUCCCCUCCUCCCCCCUCUGAUAUUCCCCUCCUCCCCCCUCUGAUAUUCCCCUCCUCCCCCCUCUGAUAUGCACCAAUCCCCUCCUCCCCCCUCUGAUAUUCCCCUCCUCCCCCUCUGAUAUGCACCAAUACCCUCCUCUCCCUCUGAUAUGCACCAAUCCCCUCCUCCCCCCUCUGAUAUGCACCAAUCCCCUCCUCCCUCCUCUGAUAUGCACCAAUCCCCUCCUCCCUCCUCUGAUAUGCACCAAUCCCCUCCUCCCCCCUCUGAUAUGCACCAAUCCCUCCUCCCCUCUCUGAUAUGCACCAAUUCCCCUCGCUCCUCCUCUGAUAUGCACCAAUCCCCUCCUCCCCUCCUCUGUAUAUCACCAAUCCCCCUCGCCUCCCUCCUCUGAUAUGCACCAAUCCCCUCCUCCCUCCUCUGAUAUGCACCAAUCCCCUCCUCUGAUAUGCACCAAUCCCCUCCUCCCUCCUCUGAUAUGCACCAAUCCCCUCCUCCCCCCUCUGAUAUGCACCAAUCCCCUCCUCCCCCCUCUGAUAUGCACCAAUCCCCUCCUCCCUCCUCUGAUAUGCACCAAUCCCCUCCUCCCUCCUCUGAUAUGAACCAAUCCCCUCCUCCCUCCUCUGAUAUGCACCAUCCCCUCCUCCCUCCUCUGAUAUGCACCAAUCCCUCCUCCCUCCUCUGAUAUGCACCAAUCCCCUCCUCCUCUACCCCCUCCUCUGAUAUGCACCAAUCCCCUCCUCCCUCCUCUGAUAUGCACCAAUCCCCUCCUCCCUCCUCUGAUAUGCACCAAUCCCCUCCUCCCUCCUCUGAUAUGCACCAAUCCCCUCCUCCCUCCUCUGAUAUGCACCAAUCCCCUCCUCCCUCCUCUGAUAUGCAGACCAUCACAGCCCUAAUAGAGACAUGCUUCUCUGAUGACUUCUAUGAAGUGUACAUUUGGCAUGAAGUUAAUACUACAAUAUGUAUGCCAGAGGGGACACAGUGAAUUCGUCCUAAAUGACACCCUAUUCCCUUUAUAGUGCACUUAUUUUAACUACAGUCGUGAGCAAAAGUUUUGAGAAUGACACAAAUAGUAAUUUUCACAAAGUCUGCUGCCUUAGUUUUGAUGAUGGCAAUAUGCAUAUACUCCAGAAUGUCAUAAAGAGUGAUCAGAUGAAUUGCAAUUAAUUGCAAAGUCCCUCUUUGCCAUGAAAAUGAACUUAAUCCCCCCACCCAAAAAACAUUUCCACUGCAUUUCAGCCCUGCCACAAAAGGACCAGCUGCCAUCAUCUCAGUGAUUCUCUCGUUAACACAGGUGAGAGUGUUGACGAAGGACAAGGCUGGAGAUCACUCUGUCAUGCUGAUUCAGUUAGAAUAACAGACUGGAAGCUUUAAAAGGAGGGUGGUGCUUGAAAUCAUUGUUCUUCCUCUGUUAACCAUGGUUACCUGCAAGGAAACACGUGCCGUCAUCAUUGCUUUGCACAAAAAGGGCUUCACAGGCAAGGAUAUUGCUGCUAGUAAGAUUGCACCUAAAUCAACCAUUUAUCGGAUCAUCAAGAACUUCAAGGAGAGAGGUUCAAUUGUUGUGAAGAAGGCAUCAGGGUGCCCAAGAAAGUCCAGCAAGCGCCAGGACCGUCUCCUAAAGUUGAUUCAGCUGCGGGAUCGGGGCACCACCAGUGCAGAGCUUGCUCAGGAAUGGCAGCAGGCAGGUGUGAGUGCAUCUGCACGCACAGUGAGGCGAAUACUUUUGGAGGAUGGCCUGGUGUCAAGAAGGGCAGCAAAGAAGCCACUUCUCUCCAGGAAAAACAUCAGGGACAGACUGAUAUUCUGCAAAAGGUACAGGGAUUGGACUGCUGAGGACUGGGGUAAAGUCAUUUUCUCUGAUGAAUGUGGUCCUCUGUAGUUCAAUUGGUAGAGCAUGGCGCUUGUAACGCCAGGGUAGUGGGUUCGAUCCCCAGGACCACCCAUACAUAAAAAUGUAUGCGCACAUGACUGUAAGUCGCUUUGGAUAAAAUGGCAUAUUAUUAUAAUAUUAUAAUCCCCUUUCCGAUUGUUUGGGGCAUCCGGAAAACGCCUUGCUUGUCCGGAGAAGACAAGGUGAGCGCUACCAUCAGUCCUGUGUCAUGCCAACAGUAAAGCAUCCUGAGACCAUUCAUGUGUGGGGUUGCUUCUCAGCCAAGGGAGUGGGCUCACUCACAUUUUUGCCUAAGAACACAGCCAUGAAUAAAGAAUGGUACCAACACAUCCUCCGAGAGCAACUUCUCCCAACCAUCCAAAAACAGUUUGGUGAAGACCAAUGCCUUUUCCAGCAUGAUGGAGCACCUUGCCAUAAGGCAAAAGUGAUAACUAAGUGGCUCGGGGAACAAAACAUCGACAUUUUGGGUCCAUGGUCAGGAAACUCCCCAGACCUUAAUCCCAUUGAGAACUGGUGGUCGAUCCUCAAGAGGCGGGUGGACAAACAAAAACCCACAAAUUCUGACAAACUCCAAGCAUUGAUUAUGGAAGAAUGGGCUGCCAUCAGUCAGGCUGUGGCCCAGAAGUUAAUUGACAGCAUGCCAGGGCGGUUUGCAGAGGUCUUGGAAAAGAAGGGUCAACACUGCAAAUAUUGACUCUUUGCAUAAACUUUAAUGUAAUUCUCAAUAAAAGCCUUUGACACUUAUGGAAUGCUUGUAAUUAUACUUCAGUAUACCAUAGUAACAUCUGACAAAAAUAUAUCAUAACACUGAAGCAGCGAACUUUGUGAAGACCAAUACUUCUUGUCAUUCUCAAAACUUUUGACCACGACUGUAUGUCCCAUAGGGAAUAGGGUGCCAUUUUGGAAUCAUCUAGCAUUUGUUUAUCCUUCAUGUUCUGUGAGUCAUAAUCCAAUGGCCAUUGGUCUGGUCUGGUUGGUCUGGUUUGGUUUGGUCUGGUUUGGUUUGGUUUGGUCUGGUUUGGUCUGGUUUGGUCUGGUCUGGUUUGGUCUGGUCUGCUCUGGUUUGGUCUGGUCUGGUUUGGUCUGGUCUGCUCUGGUUUGGUCUGGUCUGGUUUGGUCUGGUCUGGUUUGGUCUGGUUUGGCUAACUCAAUGUUAAAAAGGUUUUUCUCCAAACUGUUGGUUGGGGGAAACACUGUAUUAAAACGUGUCUCCUAUUUCCCCUCCCAGGAGUUGGACCAGCAAAAGUUCAUCUACACCAAGGGUUGUGUGGGCCAGUUCGAGAGGUGGCUUCAGGACAACCUGAUCAUUGUAGCUGGGGUCUUUGUGGGCAUUGCACUUUUACAGGUAAGGAGGACUCCCAGAGACAUUAUUUCACAAAUGUAUAUUUAAAGAGUCAUCUUUUGUGUGAAUCAGAUAAAUAAUGUCUGCAUUUGCAGUCACCAUCAUGGCUGGAAGUCGGGAUUUCCGUUAACCGGUAAUUACCGGCUUUUGGCCAUUUUCUUUUUUCUUAUCCGAUAAAUAAAACUGUUGCCGGCCAAAAUGACAGAGAGAAAAAAAAUCCUACUGCAAAAUAAUGCUUUUUGUUAAUUGAUGGAAAUACCAGUCGAUGGAAAUACAUUUGACCAUCAUGCUUAUCGGUCUAUAGGUUCAUUUGCAUAAUUUAGUGGAAUUAAAUUGGCCUGUGUGUAUUUUCGUUAGUCAUCAUGUGUCUUAUUUAUCCAACACAACUAUUACAUACAGAAGAGCCUAUUUGGAGCAAGAUUUCUUACAACGGGGAAGCUUACAUUUUAUCCUACCAUUUCUACUGUUCUGCGUGCCAGUUAUGAUUUUCAUUUGUGUAUUUUCAGGGAACAGUUUCAUUUCAAUAACGUUUUUGUUCCUCAAAAUCAUUGUCACGCGGUUAAUAAAAAAAAAUCUGCAUUAAAAUUAGAAAAUUAGGAAAGUUAAAAGUCUAUAACUAAUGUGAGAUCCCCAGUCUCUGCCAUAUGAACACAUUGAUACACCGUGAUCCAUUGGCGGCUGAAGAAAUGAGCGCUUGGAACUCACAGCCUAUAGGCCAAUGCAGCAGUAGGACUAUAACUACCAUUGCUCUUUCACACCGAGGAUUGGUGAUUAUCGAGGGGAUUGUUGGAAAGAUUUUUCAAAUAGCUUACUGUGAGGAACUAUAGUUUUUAAUAUAUUAUCAUAUGCAAUGGAUGUUAAAAAAAACCUGAUUUCCUACAUUUCCGAGCAGCAGACCAGGUACUUCUAUGCAUGCUCAGGUGCACGUGAUCCCUCAACAUUAUCAGGACAGAGAAACCAGACGCAUGCUCAUUGCUUACAUGGAGCACUCCAAACAAAACACAAAGAACACAUUUACUAAUCUUGUUAAUCUUGGUUAAAUGAACCAAAACGUGUUUCUCACAAAGUGUAGCAGGUUGUGAACUCUGCAAACAAUGUUUCCACUCUGAGAAUGAGAACGGUAAAUGACUGUGAUUUAAUACAUGCGUUAACAGAAAUGAAUGUAACCACGUGACGGGGAUAAACGGUACAUUUAAAACUGGUGACAUAUGUAAUGUGGAAUUGAUCAAAAACAAUUUAAAAGGGCAAACAAUUUACACAAUGAAACAAUGAAUGCGCAAAAGAAUUGGCGGGAGAGAGCUGAGCCAUUCUGGAGACGUGUCAUGUCUUUGCCACACUCCUCAAUAACCAGCUAGGCCUAUUGCCAUGCACGCUGCUCAAAUAAGCAUAGGCCUACGAGCUUGUGAUUUGAAACAACCCACAGCAAUUUUUUAAAAAGAAGGUAAUGAUCCUCCAUUUUUCUGGUGAAGUAUUUUGAAUGAUUUUAUUUUAUUUAUGUAUACAGGAGUAAUUAUAUAAUUUUGGCACAUUUUAUUUCCAUUGACUUCACUAUUGGACCCACCGCUUAUGCCAUUUCUCUCCUGGUCUAUUGGUUUUCAUAUCAACUUUCUUUCAUUGUCCAGAAGCCAAAGUCAUGUUUGCAACCCAUCCUAGAUGUUUACAUCUUUAGAUCCCCCCCUCUUUCUAAGUUUCUAACAGAGAUUGUCAUCUCUGUCACAUAUGGAACAACUAUCAGGUGCAGUUUAAAAUUGUGUUUUCCCGCGAAUUGUACUUUGGCAGAUGUUUGAAAAAUAUUUUUUUUUUUGGUCUGCUUCAUUACACGAGUUGCAUGUUCUGUCAUUCUGAGCACCCUGGUGGAUGCCCUAAUCGGUUAUGCACCCACUGCAUAUGGGUCCGGUCAAUUUCUCAAAUGGCCGUUAAAUUAAAAUCUUCCCGGUCACGUUGUCCCGCCGCGACGGAAACCCUGCUCGGAGUGUGUAAUUAUUUUGAAUUAUUAUUACUUCCUUUUCAUUGUGUGUCACUCUUAAAUCAGAGAACCCUUCGAUGCUUUGAAUUUCAGUUAGCUACGUGCCAGAGUCUGGCAGAGACUGAAUGUUACCUAACCUGUGAUGUCAUUUCCUGUUUAGAUAUUUGGGAUCUGCCUGGCUCAGAACCUGGUGAGUGACGUCAACGGCGUGAAGGCCAACUGG